UGCCUCUUUGCCCGACAGUGCCCUGCACUCUCACUGAAGCCUCGGUGCCGGACAGGAAAAACAAAACAAAACUAUCUUUCAGGGACUCUCCUGGCGGGUCCUGCAGGAUCGGCGCCUCCUCCAGACUCACAGGUGUCUGGUUUGAAGUUUGAGAGCGCGUGCAGGCGGAGGAGUUAACAAAGUCCAACAGGCUGCAAACAGCGAUGGUGACUUUACGCACGGGAUCUAAAGUCCACCUGAACUGAGACCGGUUCUGACUCCACUAGGAGGACGCGCAGCGCACGUGGAAGAAGUGAAUCCAGAAUGAUGUCUUCCAUGCAAACAACUCCUUCCUUCCACCCACCGCCCGAGGAGGAGGAAGUGAUUGGCCAGGACAACACAUCCUGGGCCGCCGAAGAGCGAGCCAGCUUGAAGGAGACGUCGUCUCCUUUACAUGAUCUGCCCCACCCAGAUGAACCUCAGUCUGCCAGAGAGAAACCAACAGACGCUGGGUGGGAGAACGUCAGCCCUGCUGUGAUGGACAAUGAAACCAGCAAAGGCUGCUCCAUCUACGCCUACCAGGCUAACUCUACCUCUCCACCCAAACCAGAAGAGUGCUCCAGGGUGUUUGGGACGCCGGAGCGGCGCAAAGGAAGCCUCGCAGACGUGGUGGAUACUUUGAAACAGAAGAAGCUUGUGGAGCUGACCAAGACAGAACAAGACGGUAAGAGGAAGAUGUGUGUGUGUGUGUGUUCUCACAAAUCUGUUUGUGUUAAUCAGCCAUAAACUUCAGGGUUUCUCUGAAAAUAUUUUGGUUUAAACGAUUUUAAAUGAUCAGCAGUUUAAAGGAGUCACUAACUCGUUGUUUCAAUAGAUCUGCUGUGGUGGCCUGUAGUAAGAAUGAAUGCAUCUUGAGUUGUUUUUUUAGAGGAAACAAAGCUCUGGUGCUCCUGUUUCAGGGGUUAAAGUUUGUCGGGGAUGUUUUGCAGUCUUACUCAUUUAUAUUCCUGAUAAUUGAACAACAGCAACAUGACUUUACUACUGACUAUGUUUACUUAGCAACACUGAUGUUUUAUCUCCAUGAAUAACACAAGCCUGAAGAGCUUCUGCUGUGUGGUUUAGGUGCUAAUGCUAACUAGCUUCAACUAGCAGAGACAUUCUCCUUUGUUUCCUGGAUGCUAAAACAACAACAGCCUUCCCCGUCGUGAGCCAGGAGAGGUGACUCCAUGAAUGCUAAUGUACAGUGUGACAUAGAUCUGUGUGGCUUUUCCGACCCAAGCAUUUCCUCGUCUAUUUUCUUUGGCAGCUGAUGCAGGAAGAAGAAUAUUUUCAUGUUCAGCCUGCAUGUUAGACUCAGAGGAACUGAUCAUAUUUAAGAAAGAAAGUUUUAUAGGUUUCUCAGUGAACAACCCUUUCAAGAUUUCUUAUUUCCACCACUGUCUAACUCUACAGUAAUCAGAACAAGAAAAAAAAGAGAACAAUCAACAGUUUCAGAGACGAGGUCCUGCCUCAAGUGGAGGAGUUUAAGUAUCUCUGGGGCUUGUUCACGAGUGAGGGAAAAAUGGAGCGUGAGACUGACAGGGGGAUUGGUGCCGCGUCUGCAGUGAUGCGGGCGUUGUACUGAUCUGUCGUGGUGAAGAGAGAGCUGAGCCGGAAGGUGGUCACGAGCUCUGGGCAGUGACAGAAAGUAUGGGAUUGCGGUUACAAGUGGCCAAAAUGAGUUUUCUCCGCAGGGUAUAUGGGCUCUCCCUUAAGCCUGAUUUAUGCUUCUCUCUCUGCGUCAGUGCGGAGACACGCAACGCCAUUAUCCGUCCUUGCGUAGGGCACGCAAGUACGUAUGGAGUCGAGCCCACUUUUUUAAAUAUCCGUUGAACGAAACGGAUUACGCAAGCUUGUGAUUGGUCAGGAUGCCGCUGUUGUUUACAGUGCCGCCAUUGCACAGAGAGCCGAGUUUAACUAGCGGCAGACACGGAGAAGCUUGAAGAAUACCUCGUGGAAAACUCUAAAAAUACGAACGUUUAAUUCUCCCGUGACUGGAGGAGUGAAAAGAUGCGAAGCAAGCGUUUUAUUUGUGGACGGAAAUUACAGGAAACGUGGGUUUAGAGGUGGGGAGCGCAUGAAGCGGUGGGAGAAUGAGAGACAAAUAUGUCCAUGUUAAAAGUCUCUUAUAUACACAAAAACACAAUAUAAACACACGAUCUUGGACCGAUACAUGACAGGAUACCACAGAACAGCGCCACGCCCUCUGUGGUCCUGUCAGGCAAUAUUGCUUUGCAACACUCCAGGAGAUGGAGAAGUAAAAGAGCAAAACGCUUCCGUCAAUCCGUGCGUGUCUGUCCCGACGGAGAAGAUAAACCAGGCUUUAGAGAUAGGGUGAGAAUCUGGGAGGGGCUUGGAGUAGACCCGCUGCUCCUCCACAUUGAGAGGAGCCAGUUGAGGUGGCUCGAGCAAUCGGUAAGGAUGCCUCCUGGACACCUCCCUGUUGAGGUUUUCCGGGCACGUCCAAAUGGGAGGAGACCCAGGGAAAGACCCAGGACACCCUGGAGGGACUAUGUUUCUGGGCUGGCCAGGGAACGCCUUGGGAUUCCUCUGGAAGAGCUGGUCCAAGUAGCUGGGGAGAGGGAAGUCUGGGAGGCUCGGCUUAAGCUGCUGCCCCCGUGACCCAACUCCAAAUAAGCAGCUGAAAAUGGAUAUGGAUGGAUGGACGGAUGGAUGGACAAUCAACAGUUGUGAAUAAUCCACUUUCUACUUGAAUUACUGAAUCUGAUUGAGUGUUACAGCAGAGACAAAGAGAAUAACACUAACAAUAACACAAGUUCAAAGCUAACAGUUCUAAGGAUUGAUUGGUGUGUGUAAAAAGAAAUGUAAACCUGUUUAGAAGUGUGUCACUGAUUUUGCUUUCAGGGUGAAUAGUUUAUGUUUAGCAGGACUGAGAAGCUUGUCUGACUACGGCCCAUGCUGGACCUGGGACGAUGAUAUGUUGUCCAGCAAAUUAUUGAUGAUAAAUGAUAUUAUUGUCGACAUUAUUGAGACCAAAAUAACCACUUAUGUAAUGUUAAUGUUAAUGUUGUGAGUCAUACACCUAAAAUGGCGCUAAGGGGGCGUGGUUGACAUGCAGGUCACGUGUCUGACAAAAGCCGAUAUAUCGAGGCUGGAAAAAUUAUUGAGUUCAUUUUCAUCUAUCAUACAAUUAAUUGAUUUACUGAUUAUUGUCCCAGCCUUAGCUAAUUACAAAGUUUAUUGCUGCUUUCUCCAGUUUCUAACUAUUUCACAGUGCUAUCUGUACACACCUUCAGCAAUGUUUUAUUAGCCUUCAUUGUAUUAAAUGUUCCAAUUUGUAAUGCCCAUGAAUGUUAAUGCUUUAAUUCUGCAAUAAUGAGGAUAGCACAGGCUAGACUUUUCCAAACUAACUCAAGUUUGAUUGUGUUUUUAUGUAAACAACAGCUCUAGAUGAAUGAAUCAAUGUUUGCUGUAAAUAUGUCCCUUUGAUGCACCAUAAACAUCUUUCACUCCUACUUCUGAAGUCAGACCAAACCAUGGUAGCUGGAUGUUUUGCUUUCUCUUUCCUCUUCAGAGGAUCUUUGAACAUGUGAAAUUACAAGUGUUGCAUCCCUGACUUGUCAGAUCACAAAAUCAGUCAGUGAAAACACAAGUUUCCCAUUUCUCUUCUGGUCCUCUCAUUUAACACUUUUUCCAGCAGGCCUUGACUCGCCCUCUUCCCUCCCCAGAGCCAGAUCUAAAGCCAUCUAACACCCUUCUUUACUAUUAUGUGCAGAUAGUCAUCAGGAGAAUAUUAGAGGAGCACUUGAUCUUGCCCAUUUAGAGGUUUUUACCUUGUUAUUGAUACUGUAAAGUGGGCCAGAAUGGGACAGCCAGAGGCUCAGUAUACAGUCGAGUGGGCUGUGUGUGUGUGUGUGUGUGUGUGUCUGUGUGUGUGUGUGUGUGUGUGUGUGUGUGUGUGUGUGUGUGUGUGUGUGACACCUCCUGGUUAGAAACAAUUACAUCUGCAAGUUAGCUAAAGAUUUCUAUGUAAAUGUUGGGUUAAACCAACCAGUCAUAAUUUUUCCUGUAAUCUUUAACUUGAAAUUAUUCACAAGCACACACAUAAAUUAUAUAUAUAUAUCUAUCUAUCUAUCUAUCUAUCUAUC